GGGGGGGGGCGGGGAGCGGCGGCGGCCAGACCCACCACCGGCUGCGGGGCGCGCUGGCCGGCGCUUCCUGAAGCAGCCUCCGCCCCCACAGCCUGGGCGGGAGCGGUGAGCGGCGACGGCGGGCAGCCGGGGCUGCCUCCGAAGAAAGGAGAAUGGCGUUCAGCAAAGGAUUUCGGAUCUAUCACAAAUUGGAUCCUCCACCUUUCAGCCUCAUAGUGGAAACUAGGCAUAAGGAAGAAUGUCUCAUGUUCGAGUCUGGGGCUGUAGCCGUGCUCUGUUUUUGUUGGGGGCAGGGAGAUUUGCAGGUUUUGGUACAGAUUUUUGCUUUCUUGGGUUCUUCUGCUGUUUCUAAAACAUCAGCAGAAAAAGAGGCAAUCAAGAGUACAUACUCCAAAGUUCUAGAUGCCUAUGGACUUUUAGGUGUCUUACGAUUAAAUCUUGGUGAUAUUAUGUUACAUUAUCUGGUCCUAGUCACUGGAUGUAUGUCCGUUGGAAAAAUUCAAGAAUCUGAAGUUUUCCGAGUUACUUCCACUGAAUUUAUAUCGCUACGAAUUGAUUCUUCAGAUGAGGAUCGUAUUUCAGAAGUGCGAAAAGUUUUAAAUUCAGGAAACUUUUAUUUUGCAUGGUCUGCAUCUGGAGUCAGUUUGGAUCUGAGUCUUAAUGCCCAUCGUAGCAUGCAGGAACAGACAACCGAUAAUAGAUUUUUCUGGAAUCAGUCUUUGCACUUGCAUCUCAAGCACUAUGGUGUGAAUUGUGAUGACUGGUUAUUACGCCUCAUGUGUGGGGGAGUAGAAAUCAGAACCAUUUAUGCUGCUCACAAACAGGCAAAGGCUUGCCUCAUUUCCAGACUAAGCUGUGAACGAGCUGGGACCAGGUUUAAUGUCCGGGGAACAAAUGAUGACGGUCAUGUCGCCAAUUUUGUAGAAACAGAACAGGUUGUGUAUUUAGAUGACUCUGUUUCUUCCUUCAUACAAAUCCGGGGAUCUGUCCCAUUGUUCUGGGAGCAACCAGGGUUGCAGGUGGGAUCUCAUCGUGUUCGUAUGUCAAGGGGGUUUGAAGCCAACGCACCUGCUUUUGACAGACAUUUUAGAACACUUAAGAAUUUAUAUGGUAAACAAAUAAUAGUAAAUUUGCUUGGAUCUAAGGAAGGUGAACAUAUGCUAAGUAAGGCUUUUCAGAGUCAUUUGAAAGCUUCUGAACAUGCAGCUGAUAUCCAGAUGGUGAAUUUUGACUAUCAUCAAAUGGUUAAAGGAGGAAAGGCAGAAAAAUUACAUAGUGUUCUUAAACCUCAAGUACAAAAGUUUCUGGAUUAUGGAUUUUUUUAUUUCGAUGGAAGUGAAGUUCAAAGAUGCCAGAGUGGUACAGUUCGAACAAACUGCUUGGAUUGUCUUGAUAGAACAAAUAGUGUGCAGGCAUUCCUUGGCUUAGAGAUGCUAACUAAACAGUUGGAAGCCCUCGGCUUAGCUGAAAAGCCUCAGUUGGUGACUCGCUUUCAGGAAGUUUUUCGAUCAAUGUGGUCUGUGAAUGGUGAUUCAAUCAGUAAGAUUUAUGCAGGAACUGGAGCUCUUGAAGGAAAGGCUAAGGCUGGAAAGUUAAAAGAUGGUGCUCGUUCUGUUAGUAGAACAAUUCAGAAUAACUUCUUUGACAGCUCCAAGCAAGAGGCCAUUGAUGUUUUGCUACUGGGAAAUACUCUAAAUAGUGAUUUAGCUGACAAAGCUCGAGCCCUUUUAACUACUGGAAGUUUGCGUGCCUCUUCUAAAGUUCUAAAGAGCAUGUGUGAGAAUUUCUACAAGUAUUCAAAGCCCAAGAAAAUUCGAGUAUGUGUGGGCACCUGGAACGUGAAUGGUGGGAAGCAGUUUCGCAGCAUAGCUUUUAAGAAUCAGACCCUCACUGACUGGCUUCUCGAUGCACCCAAGUUAGCUGGCAUCCAGGAGUUUCAAGAUAAAAGAAGUAAACCAACUGAUAUAUUUGCAAUUGGUUUUGAGGAAAUGGUAGAGUUGAAUGCUGGAAACAUUGUAAAUGCAAGCACGACGAAUCAGAAGCUCUGGGCCGUGGAACUUCAGAAGACCAUUUCCAGAGACAACAAGUACGUGCUGCUGGCCUCGGAGCAGUUGGUGGGCGUCUGUCUGUUUGUUUUUAUCAGACCACAGCAUGCCUCAUUCAUCAGGGAUGUUGCAGUUGAUACGGUGAAGACUGGAAUGGGGGGUGCAACUGGAAAUAAGGGAGCAGUCGCAAUACGGAUGCUGUUCCACACCACGAGCCUCUGCUUUGUCUGCAGCCACUUUGCUGCAGGACAAUCACAAGUCAGAGAACGAAAUGAAGAUUUCAUAGAAAUAGCGCGGAAGUUGAGUUUUCCAAUGGGAAGGAUGCUGUUCUCUCAUGACUACGUAUUUUGGUGUGGUGAUUUCAACUACCGAAUCGAUCUCCCUAAUGAAGAAGUGAAAGAGCUCAUAAGACAGCAAAAUUGGGAUUCUCUUAUAGCAGGAGAUCAGCUAAUCAAUCAGAAAAAUGCUGGACAGAUUUUUAGAGGAUUUUUAGAAGGAAAAGUAACCUUUGCUCCAACGUAUAAAUACGAUUUGUUUUCUGAUGACUACGACACCAGUGAAAAGUGCCGCACCCCUGCAUGGACAGACCGUGUCCUCUGGAGAAGACGGAAGUGGCCUUUUGAUAGAUCAGCUGAAGAUUUAGAUCUCCUAAAUGCUAGUUUUCAAGAUGGAAGCAAAAUCCUCUACACAUGGACUCCUGGCACUUUGCUGCACUAUGGAAGGGCCGAGCUGAAGACUUCUGACCACAGGCCUGUCGUUGCCCUGAUCGAUAUCGAUAUAUUUGAAGUUGAAGCUGAAGAGAGGCAAAACAUUUAUAAACAAGUGAUUGCCAUUCAGGGUCCACCAGAUGGUACGGUGUUGGUCUCAAUCAAAAGUUUUUUACCAGAAAAUAAUUUUUUUGACGAUGGUUUGAUUGAUGAGCUUCUGCAGCAGUUUACAGAUUUUGGUGAAGUUAUACUCAUAAGAUUUGUAGAAGAUAAAAUGUGGGUUACAUUUUUGGAGGGAAGCUCUGCCUUGAAUGUUCUGAGCCUGAACGGUAAAGAGUUGUUGGGUCGAACUGUAACUAUUACUCUAAAAAGUCCAGACUGGAUCAAAACUUUGGAAGAAGAAAUGAGUUUAGAGAAAAUCAGCGUCCCCUUGCCAUCCUCAACAAGCUCCACCCUGCUGGGUGAAGACGCGGAGGUCGCGGCCGACUUCGAUAUGGAAGGCGACGUUGAUGACUAUAGUGCUGAGGUGGAGGAAAUCCUUCCUCAGCAUCUCCAGCCAUCCUCUAGUUCUGGCCUUGGCACUUCCCCAAGUUCUUCACCCCGGACCAGUCCCUGCCAGUCACCUACCAUAUCGGAGGGGCCGGUGCCUUCCCUUCCCGUGAGACCAAGUCGAGCUCCAUCAAGAAUGCCUGGGCACCCAACUUCACAAAGUUCUCCUGUUGACACUCUGCCAGCAACACAGCUGCAGCAGAAAGAGUCUUCCCAGCCCCUGGAACCCAAGCGGCCUCCCCCUCCCCGCCCGGUUGCGCCUCCUGCGCGUCCAGCUCCCCCACAAAGACCACCUCCGCCUUCAGGUAUUGGAGGCCCUCCCAGUCCUGGGGUAGCUAGGCGAGAGAUGGAAGCACCCAAAAGCCCUGGAACGACGCGGAAAGAUAAUAUAGGACGCAACCAGCCUUCACCUCAGACAGGACUCAUAGGCCCAGGACCUGCUGGAUACAGUGCAGCCAGACCGAUUAUUCCACCCCGUGCUGGAGUGAUCAGCGCCCCCCAGAGCCAUGCUCGGGUGUCUGCUGGGAGACUGACUCCUGAAAGCCAAAGCAAACCAUCAGAAGUACUGAAAGGGCCAGCUCUUCUUCCUGAACCACUGAAGCCUCAGGCUGCCCUUCCUGUGCAGCCUUCUCUGCCCCCACCGGUUCAAAAGAUGCAGGAGCCUCUUGUCCCGGUGGCCGCACCCAUGCCUCAGUCUGCCCCUCAGCCCAGCCUGGAAGCCCCCCCACAGCCACCCCCUCGGAGCAGGUCGUCCCACAGCUUGCCUUCUGAACCUUCCACGCAACCACAGGUAAAAAUAAAUGGAGUCUCCGCCGUCAGACUGGACUCGCCAUUAAAGAGUGACGCAUUUGAAGACCUGUCAUUGAACCUGCUUGCUGUAUCAAAGGCUCAGCCAUCUGUUGAAACCCCAAACCCAAAGGGGUUGAUUCCGUUGCCUUCUGCAACCCCAAGUAACAUGAAUACUUUGAGUUCUGUAAGCUGCAUGCCAACAAUGCCUCCAAUCCCAGCCCGGAGUAAAUCCCAGGAAAACAUGCGAUGUUCUCCAAACCCAUCCAUUACGAGCUCAAGCAGCACAAACCCUUUCACUGACAGGACUGCAGCUCCCAGAAACCCCUUUAGAGCUGGGUCUCAAGAAUCAGAGGCCACCUCGUGGUUCUCCAAAGAAGAGCCUGUUGCUCAGAGUCCUUUCCCUUCUCUGAAGCCUCUCGGACAGAACAGUAGCAGGCCUUCACCUUCGCUGGAUGACUUUGAGGACAGUUUCGAUCCUCAGGGCCUGCCUACGCUAAAAAGCAGCAACCCAAAAGGAUGGGUAACCUUUGAUGAAGAAGAGGACUUUGGUGUGAUAGGGAAGUCAAGGUCCACUUGUCCAUACUUACUGGGUAAUCAGCUGAGUUCAUCUUCUGGCUCCAAGGCGACCUUUGGUGAUGAGUGGAAUAAAGGUACCAGUGUCUCUUUCUGUGUGUUCCCAGCAAGAAGACCACCUCCACCUCCUGUCCCUGUGCUCCCACCUGGCACCACCCCUCCAGCAGACCCUUGCACAGCCUUGGCCUCUAAGGCAUCACCCACGCUGGACUUUACAGAAAGAUAAUGCUAUACAGUAGAAAGCAGUUGUUUUUUUAGUUUUGGCAGGGUAGAGCCAAAAGAAUUGGGCAUUUGUUAUUCAUUAUGUGCAAUAAGUAAUUGUUAAGUGCACUGAUGUUGUCAUGAAAUACCACUAUUUAAUGUGUGUACAAAGUUGGAAUAUGUGUAUAUUGGAAAUAAGGAAAAAAUCUUUCUCAUUAUUAACUGGAAUUUUGGUGUUUUUCUGUUUGGAUAAAUAAGAGAGAGUAGAAGCCAUAAAAAGUGCUCAAAACUACUUUAGAAAAUAGUCCUUAUUCAGAAAUUCUUUGCCAGUCUCCUUUAAAGAAUCUCAAAAAGCCCAGACAACGUCCAGCUGACGUUGCCACCAGCCCCUUUUGUGUUUGUUAACAGUUAGCGUUUAUAAGUAUUUGCCAAAGAGCUGUCAGAGUUAUACUGAAGCAGAAUUUAGAAAGACAUUGCUAGAAGAAAAAAAAAUGUGUAUACACACAUACACAAAUAUAUAUACACUUACAUAUUUGUGAAACACAUAAUUUAAAUUCUAAGUCAGACCAAAUUUUUACCUAAAGUUCUAACAUAGUUCUUUUUUCAAUAUUUCAUUAUCAAAAGGAUGGCUGAAAGUGAAAUUUGGACAUUUCAUUGCUUUUCUUUCUAAAAGGAGAAUGAUCUCACUACAGAACCAGAAUUUGCCGUUGCCCCACACCCACCCCUUUUGACAUUCACACCACGCACACCCUUGUUACUUUCCACUCCAGCACUUCCGUGUGCUUUUCUGGGGAAGGAGCUUCUUGCAGCAGGAAGUGGCAUAUUGUAUGGUCACGGUUGGUUGUGUGGACAGACAUUCCAGCCCUUUCAAAAAAGCACGCUGGCCAAAACUGGGGAAGGCAUGUGCCACCAAGUUCAGUGAAAAGUAUGAGAGUUAAAGGUACAUGAAGUGUCCGCUGCCCACAGCCCUCCCUCGCUUCUCUUGCUUCUUGGGCUCUGGAAGUCUGUGAGUGGGCAGCAGCCGCCCCGGGGGGUGGGGGGUGGGGAAGGGAGGGGGGCUGAACUGGGAUCUACUCAGUGUGUGUUCUCUCUCCUCUCACGCGGCUGUACGACGCAUCUGUGAUGCUGCUUUAUGUUUGUAGAGGCCACACCUCAAAUUAGCUGUGGAUUUUGUCUCCUGCACUGCCAAUAUGCAGCUGAUUCUGCUUUAAUUUUAUGAAGAUUUAUACAGAAUGUAGUAUUUUGAUAUCAUUGAGUAAUCCCAAUCAGAGAACUCCUUGAUCAGUAGUUGUUUUGUCAGUUUAAGUUAAAAUCACCUUUACCCAUUAUAGUCAUGUUCCUUUUAUACACGGAGUUGUAUGUGUCCACGUAAAUUCUGUUGUCCUCAUUUAACCUUGAAAGAUGUGCAUUGGGGGAAUAUCAGAAAAUAGAGUUCCUGGUUAAGAAUAUCUAAAACAUAAAAGCACAGCAAGCUGCAUUGCACUUAACCGCAUAAAGCAAAUCUGUUAGGAAAAAAGCACUUUUCUAAAUGCUCAAAUGUUAUCAGAAUACUAUAUUUAUAAAAGUAAUCCUCUCUCUAUUAGCAGCCAGGGUUUGCUGUUAGAAAUAACUCUCUUAAAUGAGUUUUAUGUUGUGCUUUUUGGGGGGUUCUAAUCAUUUCAGCAGUAGUAUAUUUUAAACAGCACUGUUACUAUGAGCAGUCUGCUUCAGAAUGUGAAUUAACUGGCUGAAACUGUGGCUUUAACAUCUAUGUGAUUAGUGUAUACGGUCUUUAAUAGUUGCUCUCCAUUAGCAAAAUAAUUCAUUAUAAACGUACCUAGUGCAGAUUGCAGUUCUGUGAGCAGUGGUUCCUAUUGCAUAUAAACUACUGUCUAAAAUAUACAUAUCACGCAGCAGCUCGGCCUUUAUCAGGAAAUUCUACUUGGCAAGUUGCUGAAAAAGUGCACAAAGUUAUGAAAGUUAAAGGUAUGCUGCAGAUAACUAGCCACUAUUCUGUGUAUUAUGAAAAGACUUACCAGUUCUGUUAAAAGCAGAGCAGAAACUAGACACUAAGGAUCUCUUUGUGAAUUCUUUGUUCUCUAUAGUAGAUUGCUGUUUAUAUGUAAGAAUUUUAUUGCUUAGGUGGCAUACAAUAUUUAUAACUAUAUACUUUACAGAGGUACAGUAUUCAAGUCUGUGGUGUAUAAACACUCUGUACAUAUCCCGUGAAACGUGCUCUCAAGUGAAAUAAAUACACCUGU